CCCCUUAACAACCAAACACGUGCGUGACAAUUGACAGCUGAUACGACAUAACCUCUAUUUAAACUCUCGCUCCCCACACUUGUUCCACUUACAAUUUGCCAGCUAAAAAACAUGGCAUCGAUGCGACCGCCCCUCGAAAUCCUCCAACAAUGCAUGAAAGAAACCCGCUGCAUCCGAAACGUGUGCAUCCUAGCUCACGUAGACCACGGCAAAACCACAAUCGCAGACUCUUUACUCGCAACCAACCGCCUCGUAAGCAAACGCAUGGCCGGCCAAAUCCGCUACUUGGACGACCGGCUAGAUGAACAAGAACGCGGAAUCACGAUGAAGAGCAGCACAGUGUCGCUACUAAACAUAGUAGACGACGAAGACACAAACGAGGAACAACCUCUCCUCCUAAACCUGAUCGACACCCCGGGACAUAUUGACUUUUCCACCGAAGUCGGCGCGGCUUUGCGGGUGUGCGACGGGGCUUUGAUUGUCGUGGAUUUGGUCGAAGGGGUGUGCGUACAAACCCGAGAAGCGAUAAAAUUAGCCUUCACAGAGCGGUGCAAAAUGGUGCUCGUGUUAAACAAAAUGGAUAAAUUAAUUGUAGAAUUGCACAAAGACGUGAACGAGAUUUUCCAGUGUGUGUUGCGCGCUAUUGAAGACUGUAACGCGAUUGUGGCGGAGUUGUAUCAGUACGAAUAUUGUGACAGUGAGGUGGAUAUUGAAGACACGGGAUUGUUGUUUUCGCCGGACGUAGGUAAUGUUAUUUUUGCUAGUGCGAUUGAUGGGUGGGGCUUUACCACUAAACAGAUUUCGAAAAUUUUUAUUAAAACGCUUAAGAAUGAGAGUGUGGAGUCGUUAAAUACGAAAUUGUGGAACUUUGACGCCUAUGUUGACUCUAAAACGAAUACAAUUAAGUUAGGGGGUAUUGAAAAGGGUAAAACGAAUUUAUUCAUCCAACUGUGUUUGAAAACUAUUUUUCAUAUUUAUUCAACGAUAGUCAUACAAAUGCAAAAAGAUAAAGUUAGUUUGAUUGCGGAAAAACUAAAUAUUGUUGGUACGACCCGCGAAAUGAACCACACGGAUUCGAAAAUCCAACUACGGGCUAUAAUGCAAUCUUGGAGCCCUCUAGCUGAAAUUAUUAUCCACCAGUGUAUGAAAAUUAUUUCUCCUCCGUCGAACAUCAGCGACGAAAAAAUUAAAUACUUGUUGGACUAUAACAGGUUUUGCGAGAACGAAUUCCACAGGAGCUGUCUAGACAAACUGGUGACGGUUUUCCAAAACUCGGAUGAAACCGGGCCUUGUGUGUCCUACGUUUCUAAAAUGUUCUGCGUCGAUAAGAAAAAUUUGUCGCAAAACCAACCAAAAACGUUCGUGCCUAAACCAAGAAAUAGAGACCAAACUAGCGAAAAAAAGGAAGCGGAAAAAGAACAACCAAAAGCGAGUACUGAUGAAGAAAAAGAAGAAACUAAAGUUGACGAAAAGGAUUUUUCGAUAAUUGCACUAGCGAGAGUUUUCAGCGGAUCUUUAAAAACCGGGCAAGAAAUUUACGUUUUUUCGCCACAAUAUGCACCGGAUGAGACUUCUAGUGGUAAAGGCGCUCAAUUGGUUAAAAUCCAAGAGCUGUAUAUGCUUUUCGGGCGCGAGUUAGUCUUAGUGGAUACUAUAGCAGCUGGGAAUGUUUGUGGUAUAGGUGGUCUGGAAUCAUCAAUCGUCAGAACUGCCACGCUUUCCACGACCCUUCACUGCGUCCCAUUUAUAGAACACCCAUCCCAGCCACCCAUCGUCCGAAACGCCAUAGAAGCAUCAAACCCAAAAGAGCUCCCAGUUUUGCGUCAAGGUUUAAGAACUUUAAUGCAAAGCGAUUCGUGUGUUCAAGUCAUUAUUCAAGAAACUGGAGAGUAUGUUCUUCUAACUGCUGGUGAUGUUCAUCUAGCGAAGUGUCUAGAAGACCUAACUACGAAAUUUGCAAAAAUAGAAAUCAAUGUUUCGAGUCCUAUGGUGUCUCUGAGGGAAACCAUCACCCAUGGAACUAGUAAAGGCGAUUUUAAAAGAGACCUAGAGAAUUCGGUCACGGUUGAAGCUUCCCAGAUUCGUCUAACCGUGGUCGUCGUGGCCCUCCCUGACGCUGUGUCCAACGAAGUUGAAAAGAGCUUUAAAGUACUGAGUGCGGCAGAGGAGCUUCAACAGACUAGCGGUUUUGAGCUUUUCGCCAAGCGUGACCAUAAACCAGAGGAGUUGAAAGCUCCAACUGCCAAAAGUUUCAAAAGUGAAGCAAUGAAUGCAGCUUUGAAACACACUAGAGACCAAUUAAACUCAAGUUUAGACUCGUGUAAAGGUAUCUGGUGCAACUUAAAGAACAACAUCUGGAGUGUGGGUAGAAUGAGCGACAGUAUUAACCUUCUGAUCAACACCACGACUGACUAUAGACGAAAUCUCUUUGAAACUCUAGACGAACAUGAUCAGAGGUCCUGCUUUGACCAUUUCGUAGUCAACGCCUUCAAUAGUUGUUGUAAAGCAGGUCCUCUUUGUGAAGAACCCCUCAAAGGGUGUGCUUUCCUAAUAAAGAAGUUUGAAGUAGUACAUGACGAAGUUUUAGAUGGUACAACUAAAACUAACGUGAAUAUAGAGUCUACUUUGAGUAGCGCGUUUAGGGAAGCCUUUGAGAAACAACAACAGAGACUCAUGGAGCCCAUUUUUACCACAAGUAUCCAAGUCAAUACCAAUAUUUUGGGUAAAGUUUACUCAGUUGUGAGUAAAAGGCAUGGGAAAGUUCUAGACGCUGUGGGUAUGGAUGAACAAGAGAAAAGCUUCCUGGUGAAGGCUCAAAUUCCAGUAGUCGAAAGUACCGGGUUUGCCAACGAGAUCAGAAAAACUACUUCCGGACAAGCGAUACCCACUCUCAAAUUUAGCCACUUUGAGAUUAUCGACGGUGACCCUUUUUAUGAACCCGUGGAUGACGAUGAGGACGAGGAAGACGUGAAUGUGGAGUCAGCCGUUAGGGCUAUGAAACUAAGAAAAGCGAUACGGAAGAGGAAAGGAUUGCACGUGGAAGAGCAGGUGGUGGUACACGGGGAAAAACAAAGAACUUUAAACAAAAAGAAGUAGCGCGAACUGUGUUAAUUUAAUUGUACAUAUUUUUGGUAUUAAUAAAUAAUUUUAUGUAA